GUAUUUAACUGAUUUGAUCCCCUUCUAUUUAUCCGUUGACAUUUCUUUUCCAUUUUUCUCCACACAAAAUCAGCUCCUUCAACUAAAAAUUUCUUCUUUUUUCUGCAACUUUUUUUUUUCUUAAACAAACAAACAAAAAAUGGAUUUCUUAGCUAAUCUCUCCAAGAAAGACGAAGAUCACAAGAAAACGAAGCCCGUUUCGCAGGAUCCGAACACCACCGGCCACAACCGGAAGCCCUCCAAAUCCGAUCUCAUCCACAGCGCCAAGGUGGUUACCGACGCCGCCCAGUCCCACUUCCGCCGCGAUCCGGAGAAGUACGACAAGGGUCAACUCGCCGGCGCCACCGCUGACCUCCUCAGCGCCGCCUCCGACUUAGGCAAGCUAAACGAUACUGACGGCAUCGGAAAGUAUGUCGACAAGGCCGAGGGCUACCUCCGCCACUACAGCAGUUCCCACUCCCCCGCCCACCCCGGUAAGACCGGCGACCACCAAACCACCAGCUCCGGCGGCGGCGGUAAGAAGCCCUCUCACGGCGACGGUGGAGAUCACUACAGUGACGGCGGUAAGAAGCCCUCUCACGGCGGCGAAGGCCUUGGCUCAGGUGAUUUCCUGAAAAUGGCUGGUAAUUUCUUGAAGAAAUAGGCCAUAUAUAUAUAUAUAUAUAUAUUGAAGAAAAUGGCAGUGUGUAAUGUUUGAGUUUCGAUUUACUAAAUUCGUGUUAAUUAAACUAGAUCCCUUAAUUGUAAUCCAUAAUAUCAUUUGUUUCGUUUAGC